UCACCCAAACCCUUCUUUUUUCUCUCUCUAUAUGCUCUCUCUCACUCUCCCACAAUCACUGUUCUCCCCAACGCGAUUCUCUGUUCUCCCCCCUUUUCACUUUGCCGCUCUCUAAACCAAACCCGGUCUUUGUUCUUCUCUUUCCUGUUACCAUGGUGGAUGAUUGUGCCGACACGAGGAAGCGAGUCCGGGAUGACUCGUCCGAGUUCGAUGAUGACUUGCAUGAGUCUAAGAUCUCCCGGGUUCACUCCAACUCGGAUGUGAACUCGUCCGAGUCUCACCUUACUCGGACGAACUCGUCGGAAUCGUCGAAUGACUCGGUGGGUGAUGAACUCGGCCAGGCUGACUCGGGCACGGCCGCGGUUCCUCUGGAAUCGGCCGGGGCUACGGAGAUUGAGGAUGAUUUGUUGAUGAACAUCCUUGAAGACUCUGAAAAUGCCGCGGAGCGUGACCCGACGAUGCAGGGUCUCGACUCUGUAAUUAAGAGCUUCGAGGAUGAAAUACUCGCCCCGGCUUCGGAUCUGGGGGAUUCUAACCCGGUUCACGAGUCGAGUGAUUUGCAGCAUCUUCUGGAAGCGUCCGACGACGAACUCGGGUUGCCACCUACGGUGACGCCUCCCCCCGAGGAGGACAAGCCGGAGUCGUUUACCGAGGGGUUCAGUCGGGUCGGGCCGGAUGGUAUCGAUCUGAGCGGGUUCAUGGGGUUCGAAGAUGAUAUUCCGCAGUACGAGGUUCUCGGGUAUGGAAAUGGCGUGUUCGUUGAGUAUGGCCCCGAGGAUAACGGCGGCGGUUUUGUUACCCUCGAUGGGUUGUUUGAUCACGCCGAUGCCGGUGAUGUGUUGUGGUGGUCGGAGUCUCUACAGGCGAUGUAGGAUUGUAGGAGGAUGUCAGGGAACGUUCCGGCGGCGGCAAGAUUUUGUGGUGUCUUUUGCCGAAACGUUUCCGGGAGGGUUUUAAUGUUUUGUUCAUACCAUGGAAAAUGUAAAUCCAUAUGAAGAUGAAGACGGAAAAGGAGCACAGAAAAUGUAGGUGGCAGAUGUGAAAACUCUAGAAUUAAUUAUUUUGUUCAUUUGGAUGUUCUGAAAAAUUUGACAAGUAGAUUAGUUCUCAGAUUCGUUCAUUACAGUUUUCUUGUUGCAUUAAUUCUCAACCUUAGCUCCGCAUUUCUUCGUU